GCUACCCCCGCGCGAGGGGCGGUACGCGGAAGCGCCGGCGCGGCCGCGUUCCGCUGCCCCCUCAGAUGCUCCGCUCCUGGUACCUGCUGUGCUGCCUCUGGGCCCUGCACCUGCCGGGCGCUGGGGAGGGGGCGGCGGCGGAGCGCGAGAUAGACACCGCCCACUACCGGGAGCGAGUCAAGUCCAUGUUUUACCACGCCUACAACAACUACCUGGAAAACGCUUUUCCCUAUGAUGAACUGCGGCCUCUGACGUGUGAUGGACAGGACACCUGGGGAAGUUUUUCUCUCACGUUGAUUGAUGCUUUGGACACUCUACUAAUUUUGGGAAAUGUUUCAGAGUUCCAGAGGGUUGUCAACGUGCUGCAGGAGGGGGUGGAUUUUGAUAUUGACGUAAAUGCGUCUGUCUUUGAAACCAACAUCCGAGUGGUCGGUGGUCUCCUGUCUGCUCACUUGCUGUCUAAGAAGGCUGGUGUUGAAGUGGAAGCAGGAUGGCCCUGCUCGGGGCCUCUUCUGAGGAUGGCGGAAGAAGCUGCUCGUAAACUCCUACCAGCUUUUCAGACCCCAACUGGGAUGCCAUAUGGGACAGUGAACUUGCUGCAUGGAGUAAACCCUGGAGAGACCCCGGUUACCUGUACUGCUGGUAUUGGUACAUUCAUAGUGGAAUUUGCCACGUUAAGUCAUCUUACAGGUGACCUAGUGUUUGAGAAUGUGGCCAGAAAAGCCCUUAAGGCCUUGUGGAAAAAUCGCUCAGAUAUUGGAUUGGUGGGUAACCACAUUGAUGUAGUAACUGCCAAAUGGGUAGCCCAAGAUGCCGGCAUCGGGGCAGGGGUAGAUUCCUACUUUGAAUAUCUUGUUAAAGGAGCCAUUCUGCUGCAUGAUGAAGAGCUGAUGUCCAUGUUCCUAGAAUAUAACAAAGCCAUUGGGAACUACACAAAAUUUGAUGACUGGUACCUGUGGGUUCAGAUGUACAAAGGGACAGUGUCCAUGCCUGUCUUUCAGUCCCUGGAGGCCUACUGGCCAGGCUUACAGAGCCUGAUAGGGGACAUCAAUAAUGCCAUGCGAACAUUCCUCAAUUAUUACACUGUUUGGAAACAGUUUGGUGGGCUGCCUGAGUUUUACAACAUUCCCCAGGGCUAUACUGUGGAGAAGCGAGAAGGAUAUCCACUUAGACCUGAGCUGAUCGAGAGUGCCAUGUAUCUGUACCGUGCCACACGAGAUCCCACCCUCUUAGAACUGGGGAGAGAUGCUGUGGAGUCCAUAGAGAAAAUCAGUAAGGUGGAGUGUGGAUUUGCAACAAUCAAAGACCUGAGGGAUCACCGACUGGAUAAUCGCAUGGAAUCCUUCUUCUUGGCUGAAACAGUGAAAUAUUUGUAUCUGCUGUUUGACCCAGAUAACUUUAUUCACAAUGAUGGGUCAGCCUUUGAUGUGGUGCCCAUGCCUUAUGGGGAAUGCAUCCUUGGUGCUGGCGGAUACGUCUUCAAUACCGAAGCUCACCCCAUAGACCCUGCUGCCCUGCACUGUUGUAGGAAACAGAAGGAAGAGCAGUGGGAGGUGGAAGACUUAAUGAGAGAGUUUUACUUUCUGAAGAGAAGCAAAAAGUCCACGUUCAAGAGAACUGCAGACCAUAGUGGGAGGGAAAGCCAGACAGCAUCUGCAGAUGCUUCCUCAGAGAGCAGCAGGGGGGAAAUGAACCCAGAGAAGAACACCAAAAGGAGAAUCCCUCUCCUGAGCUGCCCUAAUCAGCCCUUUACCUCCAAACUUUCAGUUCUGGGACAGGUUUUUCUAGACGACACGUGACUCUACUUCACUACGAGUCCAAGUUGUUGAAGUUAAUAAAUCUGCUUGGAGUUGCACUCUGUGGACUUUUUUAUUCUGUGAGAAAUAUUUUUCAGUGGUUGAAAAAAGUGCACAAUAGAAUUUCCACUGUUAUGUAAAAUAUCCUUCUAUUAGAUCCCCUUGCACUCUCACCUUCUGUAUUGUGUGAAUCAGGGCUACUGUUACAUUUGUUAACACAGCUCAAAGGUUAUACCAGAAUGAGUCACCAGUUUGGAAAGCAGAAAUCUCUGAGAAGGAAGAGCCUGCAGCCUGUGACUUUUGCUGUUUCAUUUGCUGCUGUGUUAAAUGUUCUGAGGCCAUUUAAAAUCUCGACCAUAUGCAGAGUUUACAGUGCCUCCUGCUUAAGAAAAGAAGGAAAUUGAGUUACCUGGCUGUAGCAACAUGAGAACAGAAGCUAAUUACUAGCAGUGACUUCUCUUACUCCAUAAAUUGCAGAUUUGCUCUCUGAUUAGCCUUAAAUUUUACUGCUGGUCCCAGGGGAUCACGUGGGCACAGUUUGAACACCCAGAACGCCCAGAGAUGGAAUAGUUCAUGGGCAACCUCUAUUCCAAGUAACAGGUUUUCAGUUCCAUGCUUGGCUGUUGGACAAAUGAACUGUACAUCUGUUAGUGGGGAGGAAACCAACAUGGAAGGGUCUGUCAAGUGUCAGGAAACGAAUUCAUUUGUGUCAUGGAAUGUGUGAUGAGAAAUUUUCUCUUACAUCUAGCAUUAGUGCUGGUUGGUACCCUAUGAGUGACGCUGUCCCUUAGGAGGCUGGCUGACUGAUUGCUGGGUGGAUGUCACCUGGAAGCUGAUUAAAUUUCUGUAGUUUUCUGGGGCCUGUGACGUGGGGAAGGAGGGACUUUGUGCUGGGAAUUAUAAACCCUUUUAACCCUAAGGGGUGAGGCUUGACUGACUCCCGAAGCAUUCUGCCUGCCUCUGCUCUGAAAAAUCCUUCCUCCUUCCCUGCCUUCAAUGCCUAAGGUGACCCAUCUCCCUCUAACUGCUGCAUGGACCUUCUUGUUGGGAGCUAAUGGGGCAGUCAGCAGGAAUCCACGCAGCAUGAGGUAGCCAGCCCAGUGGUAGGGCAGGGGUAGUGUGGGGUGGGGAGAUAGGACAAAAGCCAGGGAAAGAUACCGAUUUUGUUCAGAGUGAGGUAUAGAAUACUCCAGCCCCUCAAUACAGAGGAGAGGCUGAAUGGACAUGUAACUCCUCUAAAAGUGGGGGAGGAUGGGUUCCUAAUGGCCCCAUUCUUUUAAAGUGAAGUCGAACCAUGUUGUUUCCUUUUUUUAAUAGUGAAAAGCCUUGCUCCUGAAUGAACAGGCCGUUGGCGGGAUCUGACAACACCCGCCACUCUGUGAGAGUUACAGGAAUUAUAAAGAACCCUGACCCUUCUGCUUCAGUAGGGGAGAUGAUCUUCCAGGGCCCCCUGGGGAGUCUGUCCCCACUUCUAUCAGGGCAGCCAGGAGCAUUGCAAGAGUUUCAUUUUGUAGCAGGAAGCAAACUGCCCAAGGCUGGAGAUGGCAUAGCCUGAUGGUUUGAUUCCAUAUAGCCAUUCCUAGCUUCCCUUCUCCCUCUCUUUGCAUGUGCAAUACAUCUGUUCUUGCUUGGGAUAGCAGAAGCUGACCAAGCAGGGGCUCUCCUUGCUCAUUUUUAUGCCAAUAGUGCCCCAAGGUGUUAAGUAGAAUGGGGGCCUCAGUGUGGCCAUUGGUCUAUAACUUUUACCUGUUUUAGAAAUUGACCAUGGCCAAGUUAUUUUCAAUAAAGAAUAUUGUACAGGUGCAAGAGAACCAGACAACCUAGAUUAGUUUAAACUAAAAAGGCCACAAUUGAUAUAAUCCAAGGACUGUUGAAAUUAUGCUCAUUAAAAGCAAAUGAUGUGGAGCCAGAAGUUAGUUAGUUGAAAUUGGCAUGUUGCAUAUUAGGCCAAAUUGGUGGAUUAAACCAUGAGAAGGGGAUGGGCUAUUCCACCACCAGUCCCUUUUUUUUUUUUUGGUCCUUGAAGAAAGACAUGUUGGCGGAGGGGAGAUACAGGAAAAACAAUCAAAAGCUACUGGAGGUGCUUCACCAUCAUGGCUGCCACGCCCACCAUCUCCUGGGCCUUCAGCAUCCUGAUCCCGAGGGAUGUUCUGACCAGACUGGACCAGAGAGAAGGACCCCAAUGACAUUGCCACCUGUACUGGCUCCAGCAGAAUCCCAGACACCAGCUGGGAUGAAAUGGGAUCGGACUUUAACCGCAUCAACAGCUCCAGCUCAUCUCAACUAACUUCUUCUCUUUCCCCAAAAGGACAGUUAUUACCAUCUGAUACCCUUUAAGAGACUGUCAGACAAGGGUGUUUUCCUUCUAAAAACUCUCCAGCGUAAGGGAAAGGAUGUUGUUAAAAUGAAAGGCUUACUUAAUGCUUUACAUUCCAAAUA